AGUCUAGUGUACUUUUCCCGCUGGACUUCAUGCUAUAAUAUGAAAUGUGGCUUGUGAAGAUAUUACAGAGUUAUACCUGAAAGAUAUUUCAUAUUCAAUAACCUACCAUUAAAAUAAAGAUUCAACACAAACUACACGCGGUUAUAAAUUAAUUUCACUAACGCUAACAUCUUUAUCUCACGCAGUCACAACUAAUAUCAUUAUUGCUAAAGUGCUGCCACCAAAUUAAAUCAAUGCUAUUAUAGCGCCAUAUCCGUACUUUUAAAAUCUCAAAUCAAUGUUAUCGCGCAUAAACGGUGUUGAACCACAUUUUCCAAGGCUCGUUUCCAUCGCAUGAAAAUUGUACGCUUCUGCUGCUUCUUCUUUUACUCCCGAAGGCUUCGUUUAGCCUCCAGAGCGUUCCAUCCUAACGAUGCCUGACAAGCAAGAUAAUAUUUUGGUCCCUCUUGGAACAGAUUUUUUUCUUCCAUUUACUAACCGUGUUAGCCCAAGGUGCUCACAUUUAACGGCUGCAUCAACCUAACCUCUUGUGGUCCAAACUUCAGCCCAAAAAUCCCGUACCUUUCGUUUGUCAGCUUUAUUAUAGCAGACAAAAUCCCGCUCGGAAAGAUAGACGAUAAGAGUGCUGGUUUCAUAUAUUCAAAUAUAUUCCUUUUUUCUACGGCUACAGCCACUAGUUUUAAUAUGUUAGUGUGUGGAGUAACGUUGGAAAUUAAGUAAAUAGGUAGAAUGGAACCAUAAAGGAAUUUUACACAAAAGUGCUUUACUAAGGAUAAGAUGAAGAAAAAAAGAAAAAGAUGGAAGCUUCGAAGAGCGUGUGAGAGUAAUGAAAUUAGCAAUCAGUGCGUGUACUUUGCGUAUACUAAGCUUGCAAUGAGAGAACGGUGCGAUAAAUGUAAGAACGGAUUUGAUCGAGAGGAGCAAAGAAUUGCUUUUUUCAUUCGUCUCUCAUGGACGAUCGAAGUGUGUGCGAACGAAUGAGAUGCGAGAGAUAAGAUCGGGCGGCAGCUUCACCAAUUACAGUUGUGUAGGUGUGUCGUGACAACGAAGCAGAAGAGAUCAUGAUAAUGAGAGAAGGUGAAAUAGGGAUCAGUAGUGAUCGGUCAGCGAUAGAUUAGAGUUAUGAAAUUUCGAAAAAUGUGGCCAUUGUAGUUGAGUUUGGUGUUUUAAAUGUGUUUAUGUGUAUUUAAUGUGUGUAUGUGAAAGAGAAAAGAAAAUGCCAGUGUGAAAAAGGAAAGGACGAAGAACUAUCGUUUACACGGGAACAAACGUCUGUUAAAUGUAUCGGUGCCAUGUUCCUGGGCAGUUCGUAAUGGAUUCGCACCGAACUGACAUCCGCAAAACAUCAAGAGUGAACAUUUACAUCCUACUCACAGUGAGAAAAAUAAAAGGGCAUUUGUCUUUGCAUGGGGAAAGUUCAUACUAUUCACGGUUCGUGCUUGCUGCAAUGGAGUGCUGCAAAUCCCGCCACAGGGACACUGAUACCAUGGCAGGUACGGGCCCGUGCUGCAUCCCGUGGUAUCGACUGCUGCAGCUGUUCGGUAAGAGCCAUAGGGGUUUGUAAAACCACAGACGAACUCAAGCGAACACACAUUAUGGCAUGGCAGAAUAAUUGGUCGGCGAUGCAGCCGCAAGGUAUGGGCCCACGGUAUCCUCCACCGAUGAGCAAUGUGCAGUCAGUAUCUCAGCCCAGUGCCCCAAUGCCGAACUAUGCAGCGUCCAAUACCGAUCAGUACAAUCAAUGGCAAUGGCAGCAGUAUCAACAACAAUACGCACAAUGGUACGCGAUGUAUGGCGAAAAAUACGCACAGCAAACAGGCAAUACGUUGCCGCCCGUAGCCUCGCCGAUGCCGCCCGUACCUUCGCCAAUGCCGCAAGCUAUGCCGAAUGCCAUGCCCAACCCAUAUAUCGCGGCUCCGCUCCCGGUAGGACCAGCGAUCGGUUCUAUGAGUAUGGUUGCCCCACCGCCGCCCUCCGAACCACAUCCGGACGAGUUGAAUAUGAACAGAACUGGAGUGAAACCACCACUUCCGGAAGAGAAAAGUCCCGAAGAGGUCGCCUUUGAUGAACAGUUUCGGAAAUGGGAACAGGAGUUUGAAACGUGGAAAAAAACCAAUGUUAACCAUCCGGACAAGGCCGCAUACAGAGAGUACGAGCAGAAGUACGAGGAGCAGCGUAAAAAGCUCCUUGACCAUCGUGAACAAUUGCGACGACGAAGGAUUGGUCAGAAUGCUGCGACUCAGGGACCUCGUAGUGCGAUUCCCGUUGCAUCAGUUCAUAAACCUCCACCCCCGCCACAAGCAUCACAACCGCCACCACCACCACCACAACCGACACUACCGCCUCAGCCGACGCAAUCUCCAUCACAUCCCGCAAAACCAGCACAACCAGAACCAUCGAGUUACGGUUCAAACAUUGAAAGUGGUAACGUGUCUGAAGAGAAUACUCAGAAAGAUAGGGACGAUGCGGCAAACGAUAUGCAUCUACAGAAUCUGUUCAGCGCACCUGGUAAGGGUUGCCGUGAUGGCGGUAUCCCUGGACUAGAUCUAAUCGAUGAUGCACCUCCACCGUUGCCGAAGAAAGCAAAAUUGGAAGACCCCGUGAUCGAUUUGUCGAACGACGAAGAAGAUGUGAAGCGAAAUGCAACAAAAACCGCCCCGAACAACAUGAUCAGUUCCUUGCUGAAUGAUCCUAACGUGAAUGCGCUGCUGCAGCUGGUGGGCAAAACAAUGUCCGGGAACAGCGCAGGUGCUAGCGGUGUAACAAAUCCUCUCGUAGCGGCUUUGGCACAGCUUACAAAUAACUCUAAUUCGAGUAAUUUAAAUCCGGAAAAAAGCAAUUCCGUAGAAAGGCAAACGAAUGAAUUGAUCGAAGAAAGCGCUCAACAUCACUCAAAUGCACCAAGAUCGUUGGUGGGGUCUCACACUAACGGACCGAGUGACCGAGGAUCGCUUCCAUCAUCAAGCACUGCUCCGCAUUGCAGACCAGUGAGUGAAGAGCGGAGUUUGCCAAAUAACCCUCAAGAAUUCGAUCCUCGCAUACCACCCCCUCUGUUAGACGUCGAUUUUACUCGACCACCUCCUAUGAUACGAUCAACCAAUAAGUCGCUGCGCGAUAGAUUUGGCAGGAAUUCGGAACCAUCGUCGGAGAAUGGACCUUUUAACGAUGGUUAUGGUAGGGAUGGGUCACCUUUAGCGAAGAUGCCACGUUUCGAUUCAAGACCACCGUUAGCAGUGGUCAAUCACAAAGAGUACGAGAUGGAUCCGGAACUGGGUCGUCCAGUGGCCGUGCCCAAACCAGAUUGGAUGACCGAGGAGGAAUAUCAAGAAAUUUACGAUCGAUACGAACAUGUGCAAAUUUUCGAAAAUCGUAAAAGCAAAAUGUUGUUGGCGAUCCAGGUUUUGAAGCAGAAAAAAAUACGCACGGGAACACUCGUGCUCGAUGAACCCAACCAGGGCGUCGCAGGAAUGCCGAAACCUUUGCCACCGAUCAAGGAACCGAUCAAAAGCGAACCAGUCGAUGAUUAUUUCAAACCGCAGCAGGUGUUUGAUUACUCUAACUGUAGGAAUGUGGGAGCAGUAACUAGUCAUCAAUUGCCAGCUGGGCGCGUUAUAGACUAUGGCCAUUGUGCUGCUAAUCAGCAAAGUUCAACUAACAAUAACAGGUUUAACAACAACAGACGGGAUGAUUUUCGUGACCUGGAUAGGGUUGGGAAUCACAGUCGAGAAGUGAACGAAAACGGUUUCGGUACAAAUACGCAGCGUUUUGAUUACAAUCAUUCGCGUGUGGCAAAUGCAGGUCCGGCAGCUGCCGUACAGCAGGGCAAGAAUUGGCCGCUUACGAAUCAUCCCGCUGCGCAUGAUCGCACCGCGACUGGUUUGGAGCGAUUGGCACAGAUGCACCUAAAUCCCAACCCAGAAGAGAGUAAUCCAAACUAUCCGAGUAAGUUUCUGCUGAUGAACGAUAAUCGUCCCAAUUGCCUUAGUACGAAGCGCGGUAAGCGACCAUCAUCCAUACGCAAGCAAAAGCUGAAACAAAUGCAGCAGCAAGAAGAGCAACAGCCCAAUGAAAGCAAUGAGGCAGCUUCGAAUGCCGCAAAUGCCGCAACAGGUCAACAGCAGGUGGUCUGUAAGCAGGAACCAGACCUUUUGUUAGAGGACUUGAGCUCGGACGAUGAAACUUUACCAGAUGGUGGAUUUUCCUAUCAGAGCAACGACGAAAGUGCGAAGCCAAUUAAGCAACAACCGGUAGACGAACGGUCCGAAUCGACGGUAUCAUCGCUGUCCUCCCAGAAUCAAACUCCUUCACGGAUGGUAGAUAUUGAUGAUCUUUUGUUGCCUCCGGGACGAUUUCAACGUCCGCCUAGGAUAUGUUUUCUAAUCCGUGGAUUGCCGGGUAGUGGAAAAUCACACCUGGCGCGGUUAAUUAAAAACACAGAGCAACGGUUCAACCAAUCGCCAAGGGUGCUAAGUAUCGACGAUUAUUUUCUGAUCGAAAGAGAGGAGGAAGAGAAGGAUCCAAUGACUGGAAAGAUAUCCAAAUUAACCAAAUCGGAGUACGAAUAUGAUGCGGAAAUGGAAGACAUUUAUGUGCAGAAUCUGAUCAAAGCCUUCAAACGUACCAUAUCCGAGCGAUUGUUUAAUUUUGUGAUUGUCGAUUGUUGUAACCACAUACUGGAAACUUAUUGUGAAUUUCAUAACUACGCCAGAAGCAAUGGAUUCAAGGUGUACACUUGUACGAUGCAAACCGAUGUUGAAGAUUGUGCUCGGCAAAACAUUCAUAAUCGCACCGAGCAAGAGAUUCAGAUAUAUGCUGACAAUUGGGCAAUGGCUCCAGAUGAGCACGUGCAAUUAAAUUUCAGCUCGCUGCUUAAGCCGGAACUGCCGGAAGACGCGGAUACGACCGUGGCAGACAUGGAACUUGCCGCAGCCGACGAGGAGCACCCGAUCGCCGAAGAGAACAGGGCCCAGACGGAACAUGCCAAUACAUCACACGACGAAAGCAACGACAGUUCUGCGGAUGGUACGGCUGAGUGUGACAUGUUCGCGAGUAAAUGGGACCACGACACCAGCGAGCAGAAUUUAGCGAGGCUCGAUGGUAUCAGUAAACCCUUGAAGCGGCCCCCUACACUAGAGGACUAUUUGCAGCUGGACGAUAUCAACAGCGAGGAGCACGAGAACCAACACCACCAGGACGGCACUAGCUCCGGCGGUAAGAAAAAGCGUGUACGUUGGGCUGAUAUCGAGGAGCGCAAAGCGCAGGAAAAGAUGCGCCAGCUAGGGUUUGUCGUCGGUGUCACGGACUGGAAGCGUAUGAUGGACCCGUCAGAGGGCAGCAGUGCGCUCACGCAAACGAAAUACAUUGCCAGAGUGAAGAGACAGCCGUAAAGAGCGGACGUUCCUGUAGCGAGAUGAAUGCAAGUAAUGGGCGAAACCUAUAUUAUUAUACAUACUAAUCGAUCACUCACUAUUGCAGGUAGUUGAUCAUAUGUGAAACGGUGUGAAUUUUUUUCUUCGCAUCUUUGCUCCAAUAGUUCUUGAUCUUCUCUCGUUGUAGGCAAUUUUGGCGAUACUACAGUGCUACGGUGCCAAUUGUGAAGCGCAUAGUAAAUAGUAAAGCAAAAGCUUUGUUUUCUUCUUUUGGCGUUAUGGCCUAUCAUGUCUACCAUGGUAAUAAUGGCUCUCCUAGGUGGAACGACCAUUUCUGACCAGAGUCGUCCGGAUGGGUUUUGAUAGCAGUCCUUAGCCGCCAUGCCUGGAAGAAACGAGAAAAGAAUGUGUUUCAUUUGCAAAGCUUUUGCAAUCAUGCACGUUACACGUAGCGUAAGAUAUAAAUACCGAUCUGAAUUCAUUUAUAUGACUACGUAUAGCUCAAUUGAUGUAUUGCAAAUGUCAAAUAAACGUAAUGGAUACGAAGUUGGCUACAUAAUUAAAUGUGUUUCAAUGUUGCUCGUGAAAAACUCGUACAUGCGAAAUCCGUGACCAGAACGACAGGAACGAAAGUUAAAUUUCGGCCAAUUGAAACUGUACUAACAUUAUUAGGUAACUAGUUAUGGUGGCAAUCAUCUGGAAGAGAUCCGGCAGCAUUAGUAACACAUAAGGUUAGUUCAUAUGUAAUUAGCACCUACCGAAAACAUCAAUGUGUAGUCCACAUCGAACAUGCCAUAGUUAUUGAUUUUGAAAUCUUGAUGCAACAGCUCUAUAGUGAAGGAUUCAAUCUAAACGAACGUCGAAGCGACCAGGUCAAUUAUGCGGCAACGGAAGCAGUAUGUAUGAAAAGUACUCACGCAUCGUUCUACUCGCUGAUUAGGGGCUGUUGGCAUGAACUCAUUUAGUAGUAUACCGGUUUUCUCCGCCUGGAAAAAAACAAGGAUCGUUGUAACAACCAUUUCUAAUCAUAAAAUCAUUGUUUUACAUAAACGAACCUGUUCGGUAAUUUCAGAGCUGGCCGAAAUGAUGUAGUAAAAUUGAAUAGCUUCAAAUGCGGCAAAUAGAAUAGAGCUCAUAUACGUUCCCAAAGGCACGUCAACAUCGUUUUUGAUAUCCUGUACGAUCGAUGUGUAUGCAUAGAAUAUCUGUUGUGUUGUAGCGAAUGAGACAAAUCAAAUUAAAUGAACCAGAGUAGCUAAAUUUUCACAAAGUUGCUGAUGCAUACUUCGGAUAUGAUGAUAGUAAAUUGAACAAGCAAUAAGCACGACAUCGGAAAGCUUACAACUCGGAUGCCAGUUUGGACAAUGGUAGUGACGGAAUGGUGAUUUUGUUUAAUAGCUUCUAAAGCGUCAUACGUGCUUGAUUCUGACUGUUGUACAUCGAAAUAAUGAGAUGAACGAAUGUGCUGGCGGAUGCUAUGAUUCAGCAGGUCGUAAAAGUGUGCACAAAUGUUCAGCAUAAAUACGAUCAGAUUGAUGAAGAUCGCACUUUGCCAAAUAGCGAAAAUGUUAAAUAACCAGUAUAUUUCAGAUCUUAAAUUACCGCGUGUAAUAUACUGGCCGCAAUAUAAUGCGAAGAAUCCGCACAGGAUAUUGUCGGACAGGAUUACUUUGAAGGUGUUUUUAAGAAUGUUCUUCUUCGUUCUCUUGCCUUUCCACGGCUGUCCACCGUUGAGUAAACGGUAGAGAUAGGCUAGACUGUUGAGCAUAUCACAAAUCACUGCUCUGGAGGGCAAUAGAUGCAUGUACAUAAGCGUAAGCGCCGCGUAGUACAGAAUCAGCUGCAGCCAGACGAGAUAAUUAACGAGACUUAGGUCCGGAUAAGGAAUAUCCGACGUUAAGUUAAAGUAGACAAAUGGAUAAAUACACAUUAGUGUCACGGCAACUCCGUACGACCAGAUAGUAUGCCAUUUGCUAACGUAAAAUUUUUCAAACUGUCCAGUGCAAUAAAACGGAAAGAAUCCAAUCAAUUGAGCGACGUGAAAAUGAACGCGAAGCACUAUCAGUGUGAGGUAUUCGUACAACAUGAUGAACUCGAAGAUCGAAACUGUGUUUGACGACUGUAUCUGCCAAAGGAGCAGGCAAUCGGUAUACCACGAUGAACGUAUUGUGCAGUUCCUGUGUGUUUUAUUAUUCACCAGUGAGAAAUGAAUAAGUUAUGUACAGGCGGAAGUGAUAUGCAGCUGCUUACCUCAGAAAUAAUAAUCAAAAAUUGAUACAACAUUGCCAGCGCUAGUGGCACGUCGUAGAACUGAACAAUGUUUUGAAUACUGCUGGUAAGCGCAUUAUGAUGAGUGCGCAGAAUGUUUAGCUGGCGGUAAAUACGAUUGAAGACGAUUCGUCUAUCAUGGUUGGCACUAUCGCGACGUUGGGCAGGGUCAACCAUUUCCACCAAAUUAUCGAUGAUGAUCUGAACGCGUUCGUUGAUAAGACGAUAGAGAAAAGCGCCCCAGAGCAGGACCGCCAGCAGAAUGUUGGUCGCGCUUACAAUUUGCAUAACGGCGAUCGUAUUUAACCAGAAGGCGAACACAUAACUCAAACCGAACGUUCGCUGUAGCCAGAUAAAUAUACCGUACCACGAAAACGCUUGCAAAACAUCGAUUGCAAUCAUUUUGAACAACAGCCGGCGUCCAACGGUGAACUCUCUCGAGGAAUAGGUAUACCGCAGUAUAGCUUGGGCGCAUUCAAUCAGCUCAUUGAGCACAUGCAACAAUGUCGAAGGAUUGAACAACACUUGCAGAUAGAGUACGACCACGAAGAUGUAAUUAAGCGAAAACUGGACCAUUACGAGGUAGUAGCUGAUCGCAAGCAUUGGAAAUGUAUGAUUCUUGAGUAUUACAAGAUAGGCACACGGAUAGAUCACCAACAAAAGUAAAGCUAUUGCUCGACUAUACCACAGCCUGGGACGAGAACGUACGAAGAUGAACGCUUUCGAUGAGAAUGGUAAAAUUCCAUACAGCUGACCAAACCACUUGAAAAUGACGAGAACAGCUUUCGUAAUGCGAAUGUCGUACGACAUUGCGGAGCAUACUAAUGCUUCGUUUGAUACGAAACGUAUACCAUCGCUGAGGACCAAAGGAAGAUCAAUCGUUAAUCGUUAAUUAAUUGAGAAGAGUAAUCAAGUUAAUUAAAAUAUGGUCUUCUAAUAUGUGACGAUUAACACUGAACUUGAUACGAAGAAGAAUUGGUGACAAGUAUUGAUCGAUUUAGUCAGUAAUGUAUAGCUGAUCGCUGCAAUCGUAGGACCUCAAACAAGUUAUCAUUAUUUUAGUAUAAGAGAGGUUUUGAGGAGACCUCGUAGGUCUCUUUUACUUCUAACAAUAAGAGAAAGAAGGUCUUUGGACGUCUUAGUCAGGUUUUGGGAAAGAUCGCAAUAGAUAGACGAGAUUUUAGGUAGAGAUUUUAUAUUAUACGGAUGACUUAAUACAUUAAUUUUAAUUACUACUUUCACAGUGAAACAGGAUAAUACUCUAUAGUUUUUAUUUUACUGUCGGUAGUGCAUUGUUAACUAUGGAGUUAACUGAUAAGGUGAUAACACUUGUUCCCAUCUUUUCCCAUGGUGCUAAUAGGUGCUCAGUUGGAACUGUAUCAGUACGAUAAGGUACGUACUAAUCGUGGAGGCAAGCUAGAGCGAGAAAAUGGAAUCUAUUUAAGGAAAUGAUGGUUUUUUUUUAAGCGUUAAGCGGACAGCUUAACUAUGCUUACCGAAAACAAAAACACUAAAUCCAACACGUACAAUCCAGCAACUUUGAUUCGAAAAUCAGUGCCCAAAAUAGCAACACCAAACGCUUCGAUGCUGCGUUCUGCACGUAUGUCUAGUGGAGCGUUUAUGAAAAGGUUCAGAAUAUUUCCCGCCCUACGAGCCUGAUAAAAGAGAAAGAUUCGUGAGCUCUAUGACUUUCACAUCAUAUCACACGCAAUAACAGUAACCUCUUUGGUGAUAACGGAUGAUCCUAAUGCAAGUAAAAAACACUGAAUAGCCUCAAAGCAAGUGUACAAGAUGGAGUUGGAUAGUCGAUGAUAGGAAAUGAAGUCACUUUCGGUUUGAGCUCUUGUGAUAUAGACAAAGUAAAUCUAGAAGUGGAGAAAAACACAUAAAGGACGAGUUUUAAAUUGCCCAAACGGUGCACACUUACACGCGAAAUAAUGACAAUGAAUUGGUUAAGAUUGAUGAGUAAGACGGUAAAUUGAAAAAUCGAAAACAACGUCUGUAUGAUCUCCGUAAGCUCUUGAUGCAGCGAACCGAGUCGAUCGAUUGUAUCGCUAGCGUCACAGCAAAUUUGUUGCUGCAGGACCUUUCGUCUGCUCCAGUAGCAACCGUCUGUUUCGAAGCCAAGUAUCCGGCGCACUGUUCGAUCUAGCUGACUAUUGAUUCGGGCAUAAGUGUGCGAACCGAAGAGAAGCAAUAGCAGUAUCAAGUUCGUCAUUUGUGCGCCCAACAUAACCACAUAGAUGUUGACUAAGCGGUAUCCAUUUAUGUACGAGUCCGAAUGUUUUCUUGUUCCGUAGUUUAUCGCAAACAGUGUGCACAGCCCGAUAUCGACAAUCAGCAUCUUUGCAACGAGAACAUACACCAUUCGGGGGACCACCACCAUGCUAUCUGAUCGAUUGCAUCCCACACUUUGUACGAUCGAGAUAAAUCGAUGUACGUACUGAUGCAGAUUCGCUUCGUUGGAGAGUAUCUGAUAGAAACAAAGGACGACAGUGGAGUAUCGGAUGAAAAACUCUACAAUCACUAGCGAUCGGAUGAGAAUGAAGUCCAUAUAUCUGGACGACGAAGCUAAGGCCCCCAACAAAAUGGAACCAAAGCUGCAGCACACAAGAAUUGUCGUAGCACCGCCGAUUGUGAGUGACCAUCGUUGUUUGCAUUUGCUGCGCCGCACUCUACGUCGAUCGUCCAUUCCGAAAGGGAUUAGUCCCACGAUCGAAUGGAAAUAGUACAGAAAACUAAAGCAAUACCGAAACAUGGGCUUCUCGUUUACUACUACAGCAUGGCGUACUGCCUUAGGUGGAAGGAAGUUCGAUGAAUUAAAAUGAAAAGCGAUUCAUAAAUUAUGUUUCACCCGUUGCAAAACGUGACAUCUGCUAGCAUUAGUCAGGUGAAGCUAUUAAUUAAAGUGCUAUGCUGCAUUAAUGAUUAAGUGUUCACUUGUUGCCGUAUCUUCGUUCGUAAACAAUUGCGUAAAGUGUUUGGUGGGAGGUGAGUUGUUAUGCGUAAUGUGAUCAUUGAAGACACAUUAUUCUUUGUGUCUAGCCAAAGCGUGCAAGCGAAAGAUGGUACCGAAAGGAGCGUUGACUCUUUCGGAAAAGUGUUGCAUCUGGUUACUGACCGUUUGUGGAUUAUUACCGUUUCGUUUGAACGCAGCAUCAAAUCGAUUUGUGGAAACUAAUGUGCAUUAUUGGGGUAAUGUGGUCGGCACAGUGCUGUACGUCAUCGUAGGACCAUUUAUUUAUUGGGUCUCCAUCUCCGCUUUGCUACAUCCGAAUACCCAGCUGAACUACUACAUGAUGAUGAUACAGUUUCUAUUUAUGUACGUCGUAGUAAUAACAUCGCGCAUAAAAGCUGUCGCCAAUCGGGCAAAGCUUUGCAAGCUACUGAACGCCCUGCUAGCUCUUCGCGAGCAGACGCUACAGGGUUCGCCGGGUGUUGCGUUCGCGCCUACAUUGUCGCGCAAGCUGUUCACAAAGCUGAUUGUAUUCGAUCUGGGAAUGAUGAUUCUAAGUGCAUCCUUUUUCCGUAGAUUUAUUGAUUUGCAACAUUCCUUAUUAUAUUCGUUUCUGGGAUUCUGUAAUCUGCUGCAGGUGAGCAGCAUGAACGUUACGAUUAACUUUCUUCUGUUUGUGCUGUAUAAUGCUGUUAACAUCUAUAUGAUUAUUAAUGCGCGUUGUAACGAUCUGGUGUAUGGGUCGAAAGCUCCCAAAGAAACCAUACGUUUGUAUCUGUUGCACACGGAAACUUCUCUGAUCGUUCAAAACAUCGUCGAGGUCGUGAACAUACCAGUCUUGCUGCUCAGCGUGUGGUACUUUUUCAUCAUCGUAUUUUCGGUAGGUGGAGUUCGCCCUUUUCGUCGUUUGGCUAGCGAAAGGAAUACACCAAUAUUUAAACAUUCUCAGGUUUUCUACACGUACACGAGCCUUGUACAAGAUCUGCAUACGGGCUCGGUUGAUGCAUUACGGAACAUCAUUAAUCCGAUAGCGUUCUUCAUUAGCGAGGCUGCGCAAGUUUAUUUCCUGGCAACAUCUUCGGCCAUGUUUACCGCUAGUGCCCGCAAAAUCAUUUCAUAUUUGAGCUUGUACACCGGAAGAAUUUCCGACGGUCCAGAAGAUCAAGCGGUACUGUAUAUAAGUGGAAAACAAUGCCCACGGUCUAUUUGGUAAUGAACAUUUUUGCUCCAUUUAUUCGGCAGAUAGAACUUGUCACUAUCGAGCAUUUAAAUCGCGACUAUACGAUACAAAUUAAAGGACUGUUUACGAUAGAUAAUACGAUGAUGUUCUCCGUGAGUAUCCAUCACUGUAUCCAUCAAUCAGUAAUAAACACAUAUGCAUACAUUAAAUUUUGCAGAUCGUUGCCAGCACUACAAGCUACAUGAUUAUUUUAGUGCAAUACUAUCUACAAGAAUGAGAAUGGAUGAUUUGUUCCAAUGAGUUACGAUGAAUAAAUGUAAACGUAGUUAGAAAUGCAAAAACGUACAGCAUACGAUAUUAAUGUUCAUUUACUAAUAGCGAUGGUGGUCAUAUCUUCUCAUCCGACUUGUAUGUCGCUCAGUAAGCAACAAUGCGGGCUGGACGUUGGUUGAUCGUUGUUGAAAGCAUUGCGCUAAAGUUUGUGUUUGGAAUGUUGCCGUUAGCUUUUGAUCGUGCCAGCAAACGAUUUAAGAAGCGGUUGAAAAAAUUGAUCAUCUGCAUCGUGUUGUUGCUGCUGUUCGCCAUUUUGGGACCGAUCGUUUGCGUUGUGCUGUACAUACUGAACUUCAACGAAAACAAUGACAUCACCAAUGUUCUGAGCGCAUUUCAGUUUGCCUUUAUUUACCUUUUUAUCCUGGUGUUUCAAAUUAUGUUUGUCGCGAAGAAAGAAACCCUGUACCGGCUGUUGAACGAAAUGUUCGAUCUUAGGUGCGUGUUGGAAAGCGUGCUGAGUCGCACAAUGGCGGAGUUUAGUAUGUACUCGGCGAUUUUCGUAAAAAUCAUUGUAUUUGAUAUCAGCAUAUCACUACUAUCUCUGUAUACGUUUGAAGCAAAUACCUUCGAGCGUUCGAACAGUGCUCUUACCGUGACGUCGCUGCUGUUCUACGGCAUGAUGUACUUCAUAACGGUAAUCGAAAACUUAAUUCUGCUUGGACUACUCAUCUGUGGAGUAAUGCAAGUAAUGAUAAACAUAAUGGCGAAACAGCUAUCACGCAACCAGACGUGGUCGAAGCAGCAAGAGCCGACGAUCGGUAAACCAUGUGCGGGUUUAGUACAAAUGUAUAUGCUACAUUGCAGAAAUGUGGAAAUAGUGAAGACAUUUAUGGACACUUUUAACUUCCCAACCUUGAUGCUAACUGGGUGGUACUUCUUUAUGAUUGUUUAUUCGGUAACGUAUCUCCGUAACUCGUCUCUAACGAUAACCCAUUUUGUCAUUCGGGUUUUGUCAUUUUACCGUUUUCAGGUCUAUUAUAUGUACGUUUUUGUGUUUGAGGCAGCUGCACGGGGUAUGACAUUUGAGGAGGCUAAAGGAUGUUUAAAUCCUGUAAUAUUCUUAAUGUAUCAGUGCAUACAGCUGUACCUACUCGUACUGGUGCCAUCCGUAUAUACUGAUCAGGCUAAGAAAAUGAUGCGAUUGUUAAAUGUUAUUAGCACCAGUCAGCACCACCACCAUCGACCUGGCCAGGAUCGUUUGGUAAGAGAUUGGAUACUAGGACAUUCUAGCCAGCUCAGCUAAUGAUAUGUAGCGUUACUUUGGAUGUUCCAGAUCGAGCUGCUCAUGGUGGACUGUUUGCAGCGUAAUUAUUCAAUCAGCAAUUAUGGCAUGUACGCCAUGAAUAGAGCCCUCUUGUUUGGGAUGAUCGCAACAAUGACCAGUUACUUGAUCAUACUCAUCCAGUUCCAUAUUCAGGAAGAUAAAUAACACAAUAAAAAUGUAGAAUGUGGGCACAAUGCAAGCAAUUGCAAUUAGUUUGCUAGACAAGUCUGUCGCAACUGCGAAUACAUUCAUUAAUAGGAAUAAACAGCUAAUUAAAUAACCAACAUAUGGCAGAGAGGUGACAACCACACA